CGCCGCCGUCUGCUCUGCUGUGUGGGAGUGCGCCUGGGGUGCUGCUGCUGGUGCCGCUGGAUGGAGUGGUACAGUGCGUAGGGGUCAAAUGUGAAGGUGUGCUGUGCGCCGAACCGCUUGCGGAUCAGCUGCACGUACCGCACGUAGGCGCUGAGCUUACGCUGACUGCUGCUGGACCCGGUGAGACACGAAGGCCGAGGUGGCGUUGGUGGCAGAGGGAGAGGGAGCUGCCGCGGGUGUGGCCGUCUCCUCUCCCUCCUCACCUUCGGCAUACUCCCAUGUGUAGCCGAUGUCGCUCACCAAAUGAUACGGGGGACACGUGGCUGGCAGAGAGAAGACAAGACACACACAGAUGUUUGGUGCAGCCCUAUGUAUGACAAUUGCUGUGUGGGUCUGUGUGGUUGGUUGUGUCCUGUCAUUACUUGAGCACUGCAUGUUGACCCUGGUCCAGCCAUAGGUGCCCUUCCCCUCAGCGCACAUGAUGGCGCUGACGUCCUCCUCGGGGGCUGGCGGGAGGGAGGCGUUGACCUUGUUGGAGGCAGCAUUGAGCUCCUCCUCUUUGCUGCCGAAGCACCGGCACUUGACGAUCUCGUACACGGGGUGGUGGGGCCUCGGGUACUUUGGCGGCUUGCACGUCACACGGAUGAGCGACCCCAAGGUGCGGUUCUCCUGACCCAGGGGCGGCUCCGUGUUGAAGUCAUCUUCCUUGCCCUUGGGCAGCUCAUAACGCGGGCACACACCUGCGCACACCACACCACAUACACACACACGCCCACCUCACAGGUCUGUCUCACGUGUCUCUCUUAUGUAUGCAUGUUCGGGAGACAAAGUGCUCACUCACCCCAGCACUCGAGAAUGAGCGAGUCCAUGUGCCUCUGUCACAUGUGAUGAUCUGCUCCGAGAUGGCCCCCUCGAUGGCCGGUGGGCGGUAGUUUGGCGCACACCGCACCAGCCGUGCCGACCCGGACACAAACGUGCCAGCCUCGGUGGCGUUGCCCGUGGUGGCUGCGGCCUCCUCUGGGGUCACGUCGAGUGUCGUGUUGGGGUGACCGCCCAACGAGGAGUUGUGUGUGUAGGGGAGAAUCUCGUAGGCCUCCAUCUGAUGUAGACAAGCAGCAUCCCUCUUGCCCGCCUUGACGGGGAUGCACGCCGGACAGUUCACUGCACACACGCACAGACGUAUGGUAUUGAAGGGAGAGACCCAUUACAUUUCUGCCUGCCAGCCGUUUGUGCGUGACGUGAGCUGAAUGACAGACCUGCGCAUGAGAGUGGGAGUGCGGCGAGGACGCCGUCGUUGCAUCUGAGUGUGGCGCUGGUGGCUGCGCCCAGAGUGGGGGGGAUGGGUUUGACGCCGUCUCUGCACUUGACGGUGAUGUCGUUGCCGUCCUCGAUGAGGAAGCUGUCAGGGUUCAUCUUGGUCUUGGUCUCCACCACCAGGGGGCAGUCGCCGGACUCCUUGGGGUUCUCCCCACCGCAUCCCAGGUUGGUCUUGCGCCACCACCACUCGUGCGUCACCUCACACGCAGCUGGGGACAGACAUGACAUAGGUAUGAGACACAUGAGACACAAGCAAGCGAUUCACUCACUCACAGCUGCUGUGAAGUGGAUAGCUAAUCUGCUUCCCAGCUAAGUUAGCUACGUACCUCUGCACUCCAUGACCCUUCUGCUGUAUGCCCCGGCACGUGCACUGCACCCUUUCGGACGUCUGGCCUUUGGCGCUGUCGCGUCCCCGUCAGCUCCUGCAGACGGUGUGGGAUCACCACCCUCGCUCGCCGCCCCAUCCCUCUCCAUGAGUGUGACAUUCGACUCCAUCAGCUCCUCGGCCUCCAGAGCCAGCCCCAGGAAGAGCAAAGGAUCCUCGUAGCCGAAGCCGCCAGUCAUGGGGGGCGGCUUGGCGCCGCAUGUGAGCUCGUCCAUUCGGUCGACGAGUCCGUUUUGCUGCUGGUAGAAGCCGGCCGGCUGGUCGCACAUGAGGUUGAAGGUGAAGCCCUGGGGCCGGGUGCGGAGCCAGUUGCCCUGGAUGACCUUCUGCGGUGUCUUCUCCUCCCCUGUGGCGUGCAGGGGGCUGGCCAGAUACCGGUCGGGGGUGCCGGCGGGCAGGACGUGGCUGUAGGGCGGACACCGCACUGCCGACCGACAAGAGGGAGGGCACACAGCACAGAGAGAGACAUAGAGAUUCAUUCAUCCGAUCCAUGGAUGGGAUCGUGUCUCUAUUGUUUGGAUGUCAUGUGUUUGUGUGUGUGUGCGUACGUAGGCAGUCGCAUCCGCAUCUGUCCCGCUCGCUUUGGUCGAGGUCCUUGACGGUGGCGUCGCACUCCUCCAGCUCGGGCUGGAACACACCGUCACCACACGUCUGACGAACCGACGACGCUGCAGACAGACAGAAGAGAAAGCAUCAGCAGCCAGCCAGUGCAGGGCAGGGCAGUUGUGUGUUGUGCCCUUCUUACAUUCGAAGAGCUCAGGGUUGGUGGGCUGCCGCUGGAUCUCCAGGUAACCCAGCUGACCUGGUGGACACACCAAUCCCAUCAAUCCCAUCAACGAAUGAAUCAAUGCAGGCGUCCAAUCCUCCCACCAUAUACACUGCUCCGCUCACGUGAAUACUGACUGACCAUCGAAGCAGUUAUCUCCGUUGGCGUCGCAUCCGAUGGUGACUUUGGUGCCGGGGAAGUUGCCAUAGCCGUCGUCAGAGGCCAGCAGCUUCAAAUACACCUGCGAGUUGGUGACCUCCUUGUUGGCCUCCUGCAGGUACUUGAGCCGGUACAGCGACAUCUUCGGGCGGCAUGCGUCCGAGCUGCCCUUGCAGUGCUGCGCGUCCAGAGUCAGCUGCAGCAAGAAACCGUCAGGGCUCACCCAGCACGUGGGGAUGGUGAAGUCGCCCUCCCCCCCGUCGACGAUGAUGCCGAACUGGAUCUUCUCCUCCUCGGUUUCGUCCCGCUUGAGGCCGAUCUGGAAGCCCCGGUGGUUGUCCAGCAGCACCUGGAAGGUGUCCUUCGCGGGCAGCUUCUUGAGCUUGACGAAGAAGGCAAAGUAGACGAAGUUGUGGUUCUGGUCCAUCAGGGGCACACAGGCGUCGGACAGUAGCGACUGGUCGCCCUUGAACUGCAACCAUCCGGCCACCGGACUCUCACCCUCCCUACACAGACAGACAAAAGAAAGAGCGGAAUUUGUUUGUCUCUCAGUGGGUGUCGGUCGAUUGUGUGUGGCUGGGCUGACUCACUCUGGUGUAAUGAGUGCGGGUGCCUUGGCGACAUCGGUUUGCUUGAAUCUUAUAUCAUUCCCGCCACUGCGUGGCGCCCACUCUGUGGCCAAGUUGGGGUUGUCCAGCGGGCUGCGCACCGUGUAAGGCGACACGUCAAGCUUCAGCCCCUCAGUCGCCAGCGCCACACUUUUGUCGCACUUGUCACCAUCACCAACACCAGAGUGCAGCUGCACAAACCCAACUUCCCUCUGAGUCUGAGCAUCAGCGAGCUCAAUAAACGAAUGAUGAUUUCGAUGCGAUGAAGACACCCUCGGCCACAAUCUCGGCCUUGGUGAGGAAGCUGCUAAGCUUCUUCUCCCCUGAGCAGCUUGGGUGCUGAAAGCACUCAGCGGCGAGAGACCCAGCAGCGUCGCCCUUCUGUCGAUUCCCUUUCUCUGGCCUGUGGUGGCGAGGGAUGAAACGAGCGCUUCAUCUUCAGCUGUCAGCAGGGGCUGGUCGUCUGCAGUGCAGGGACCUCCUCGGUCGCUGCAUCCCUCCCGCCUCCUGCCGCUCUGAGAGAGCAGGUGGGCGUUGUUGGUCGAGUUGAGGCUGCUCUGCUGUGCUGCUGCAGGGCCCUCCUUGACGGUAGCAUGUAGGUAGAGCCGGGGCGACAUGAGAAUCGACGCGAGAGUGCCGAACGCCAGUGCAAGCGCCGCGCCUGCACCCCACGCCAUGAGAGCCACUCACUCGACAGGCGAUGAAGGCGGGCAGGGCUCGGUCGGUCGGUCGGUCUGUCAGCAGACCACGGCCAUCGAGCGACAGCCCAGCCGAUGCGAUUUGGUGCCUCGGUGCGAUGCAGAUGCGAUAAGUGGGCUUCAGCCACUGUGCAAUGCCGGUCUUGCGAAUCAGUGAGGCGCCCUUCAGGGUUUAACUUCUCGCAAUCUGUCAGAAUAGGGGGGAGAGAGUCGGGGAGAAUGGUGAAGAGAGGAUCUGCCGGGCGGUCAGUCCCGGAUAAAGGAUUAAGUCAAUGCAACGUAA